UUGUUUGCAGACUAUGUUCAAUGCGAAUAUUGUGGAAGGAAUUUCAAUUCGCAGGCAGCUGAAAGACAUAUACCAUUUUGUCGAGAACAAGCAUCACGAAAAGGAAAUCCAAAAACUCCAGUGCCAAAAAGUGUUUCAGGCAGUUUCAGAAAUCUUCCAAGCAAACACGAGGUUUCGUAAUGAUUGACCCAGGGAAAAAAUACAAAAACAAUUUUCAGACUCGUGAUUCUUCGGCUAGCAGAAUGCAAACACGUGGAAGAGAUGGAAGCCUAUCACGAAAUAAAAGUGAAUCUAAUUCUGAUAUGAAUGCCAGAAGAAAGUCUUUGGAAACACGUUCAAAUUUGACAAGCUCUCAAAUAGCGUCGCGAAACACUUCUCUUUCAGCUGGCCAACGGCAAAGUGGGACUUUACCACCUCCAAGCAGGUACAUUGUUUUCUCAAUGAAAGAUAGAUUGUGCGCGUUAUAGAUGUUAUGUUUUUUGAAAUCAACAAAUUAUUGAAAAAUUUUUGCGGGGCGGAAUGAAAAUCGAUCAAUUUUUUGAUCGAAUUGUGCAAUCAUGGGAAAUUUUUUAUGAAAGUUUAGCGCGAAUUUUUUGAUAAUCUAAACUUCCCAGAAAAAACAAUGAGAAAUUGCAUGUUUGAUUCCAAUUAGCUCAUCACAGUCGCCUUCUCAGUUUUCACCUUAAGAAAUAAGUGAUGGUGUGAAAACUGAUAGCAGCAACGCAACAGGCUACAGAUGAAUUUUGUAGAAAAGUUAGAGAAAAAAUUUUUUUUUACGUAGAAUUUUGAAAAGUUUAGUUUUUUUCACUUUUAUAAACAUAAAUUGACUGAACAAUACCAACAAACCAUAUAUAUGUAGGUCAAAAAUUAGCUCGUGUUCAACUAGAGUGUUUAGACGUAGUACAUCGGCUUCUCGAAAUGCUCCACCAACUGCAUCAGCGUCUGCAUCUUCGACAACAACACAUCGCCUAAAAACACCGUGGGUUUCAAAACUGAUUUGAUUUAAUUUUGCAAAACGUGUUCCCUGCAUGAGUUUUGUAUUUCAGAACCUCUUUGGCUAGCCGAAUGUCAAAAAUGAGUGUCAAUCAAUGA